AUGGGCGAGAUCUACGUGCGCCAGAUGCGCGGCAGGCGUCCAUCGGACGCCGAACUCGGCGCGAUCAUGGACGAGCUGUCGGUGUGCGAGUUUGCCGGUAGCCUCAAGCCCAUGAUCCGCAGUGUCGGCGGGCGCAAUCCGCUGAUCCCUCUCCUCCCGCCGGCGAGGGACAGGGAGACGGGCCACCGCCAAUACUUUUGCAGCGAACUCGCCGCACAUGUGUUCAAACGGUUGGGCGUGAUGCGUCCCGAUCUCGACGAGCGCACCUAUCAUCCGAGCAGUUUUCUCGCGGAUGAAGACAUGGAGAUCGCCGACGGUCACGAAGGGUUCUGGCAUUUUGUGAGGCCACUUUAUGUUUCUCAAUGA